AUGACCAAGUUUCCGCUCGAGCACGCUCCGUUUCUCCCUAUCCACUUCAUCCAAUCCGACAAGGAAGCCCUACUUGAUCUGGCCGACACCUUCGUCUCCGAGACGAUCGAGGACUACGAGAGACAUGUGCAUUAUAACAACGGCAUCGUGGAUUCAACGGAGUGGGUUCGAGUCAAGCAAUUUGAAGACGUCAUCGUGUACGAAGACCGACGCGCACUCAAAGAGCGUCGUCUAUCGCGUGUCAGCUCCUUACGCACACCCAAGCGCAAUGGCAAUAUGCUCAAACUGCUUUGGGCCGGGACUAUCCGUGGGGACCUGGACGACGUCAUGUAUGCUUCAAUGAAUCGAGCGGCCGAAGAGGCCAAGGUCAAAGCGGCCUACGUCGAGAGCAACUGCAUCGACUUUGCUGUGUUGGACACGCUAAUUCAUCCGACAGCCAACGACCCGUUCCGCAGCGUACAAAUCAAGUGGAUGGUGAAUGCGGGCCCGCCCAUGAUGCGGUCGGUCGUGCGCUCAAGAGACUUUGUGUACCUCGAGUCUACCGGGAUGACAAGCACGUCGACCGGCGAACGAAUCGGCUUUCAACUGCUGCACUCGAUUUCGCUCCCUGGGGCGCCAGAGCUGCAUGAACACAAACUCGUUCGGGGCAAUAUGAGCUUGUUCUAUUUCUUCCGCCAGAAGGGUGAGGGAGUGGUGGAGACGUACGUAAAAGCGUUCAUCGAUCUGAUGGGCGACAUGCCUCUCCGAGUCGCUACAACGCUGUCGACAAGCGGCGUCGUGUGUGUAUGGAAGCUCGGAGGUUACGCGCUGAUGAAGAAGCUUAAUUGGAGGCUGAGUCAGCGACGUGCGCUCGUACCAAGCGACUGGGCAAAGCUUUGCCACGUUUGCGCAAAGAUCAUUCAGGGCAGUAUGGUUCGUCGUCGCACUUGCAAGAUAUGCGUGCACCAGUGCUGUGCUCGCUGUUGCGUGUCCAAGAAGAUGUUUUUCGUGCCGGCACACAGUCAAUCAGUGGUGCAGAAGAUCGCCAAUGUCUGCACGACCUGCAUCCAGACGGCGUCGUACUCGAAUGGCAUGGACAUCGCGUUGGACGAGAUCUCAAGGACAGCUGGACAUUUUAAGGCCUACGCUUACUGGGCUGUCGCCUCGCCUACGUCUUCCUCUUCGUCGCUAAUGCUAUGA